AUGGAUGAGGAUCGAGUAAUUCCGACCCAAGCCUUGAAACAAUUUGUAAUGAUCCAAGGGGAUUUAUACUAUAAAGCUGCUGGAGGGUCUCUCGCAAUAUGUGUAAAUAAAAAGGGCAGCAGAAAAAAUACUCCAGGAAUUGCACGAGGAGACAUGCGGGAAGACCGGCGGCGUCCAUCUCUACAGGAAACUUUAGAGGUUAGGAGUAUAUUGGCCAAAAUCUCGAAGCGCAGUUCUACAGGAGCAUCACCAUACUCCCUAGUCUAUGGAGAAGAUGCGAUACUACCAGCAGAAAUAGCAGUCCCAUCUGCGAGAGUGGCAAUGGCCAGCCAUAUAAAGCCGGAUGAAACAAGUCGUUUCGCCCACCUAGAUACAAUAGAAGAAAGAAGAUCACGAGCAGAACGAUUUGAAGAAGCCUACAGGAAGCGCGCCGCCAAUUACUACAACCAAAGCGUAAAGGAGAAAACCUUUAAAGUGGACGACUUGGUCCUAAAAAUUGCUCCUCAUGUGCAGAGAAAUGCAAGUGUCGGUAAGUUUGCAGCAAAUUGGGAGGGCCCAUUCAAGAUAAGGAAGGUAGCAGACAGUGGAUACUACAAGCUUAGGCGAAUGAAUGGGACCAAGGUCAAAUCGCCCAUCAACGGAAAAUGGCUGAAAAAGUUCCACGCCUAA